AUGUCGGAGCACGUCGCCCAUCAGCAGCAGCUGCAGCGUACGAUUGAACGCGCUCUCGAGAACUUCAAAAAAAUCGGUAAGAACAAUCUUACACCAGCUAAGGUGCGUUCCCGGAUCUCAACGCUCAAGGAAUACUGGAGUCAAUUUUCCAAUGGACACGCAGAGGUGUCGCGGAAAAUCCCGGAAGCAAUCCGGUCGUCUUUCAGCUACUUCAAGGACAAUCAUUACGACGCGACUCAAGCAGCCUAUAAAAACGCUCUGGACCACAUGGCGGAGAUCCUGGAGGAAAUGGAGCCGGUCGUGAGUCCAAAUCCAUCUCUAUCCUCGACGAGGCUGCACGCGGACGCUUCCGCGGUUUCUUUGUCGCAUCUUCCGCCCAUCAAAUUACCUCUGUUCGACGAUAAUUUUGACGAAUGUGUCAUAGCCCAAACAGCCAGACGCAUCCCAGAGCCCGAGUUAUCGGAAAACGUCGUCACAGAACGCGAAUUUCCAUUUAACAAUUUGGACGAAAGUCUACUCCCGCGUAAUAUGACUGACCCCACUGACAACACUCCACGCGAGACUAGACGUACGCGACCGUACAUUAGCAGAACUCCAAGUAGAGUAUCUUUACGACGCGAAUUUUCGUUAACUUCCUACGAGAGCGAUCUGUUCGAUCCGGAAGAGAUUUAUAGCCAACAGGAAAAUAAUAUGGCCGAAUCGCGAAAUCCGCAAGAACGCACUCCCGCGAACCCGCCGAAAAGCGCGGUAGACGAGGAAAUAGAAAACAUGCGGCAAUCCAUCCGCCAAAUGGACCAAAAUAUAGCGGAGGCCGACCGCACGCCGCCUCCCGAGAUCAACCGCGAAGAAAGAGGAGAUUAUACACAGAUAAUCCACAUUUUGAAUGAAAUACGCGCGGAUAUCCAUUCGUUAAAUAUACGAGUAACGCGACUAGAAAGCGCGGACGCACAAUUACCCCGUCAUACAGACACUAGCAGGGAAAACGAUAACGAUGCGUUUGAAACAACAUAUGGGCGAACGAGACGCGAUAUCAGAAAUCGACGAAGCGUCGCCCCGAAUUAUCUGCCGUUAAAAGAAGCAAGAAUAAUGAUCCCCGAGUUCGACGGAACCUCGCGACAUAAACUGCAAAAAUUUUUAAACGCGUGCAAAUACGCUGUUCAGAACAUAAACCCAGCAGACGAAGAAUCGUUAAUUCAAGCCAUCCUAUUUACAAAAUUAAAAGGGAAAGCGAUGCAGGACUUUGAGACGCGAGAUAUACAAACGUUCGACGAAUUAAAGCAGCAACUCGAGACUUGUUACCAGUCAAAACAAAGCACGACACAUUUACAGAUCGAAUUCAACUCGCUAAAACAAAAGCCGAAUGAAACUGCGCACACUUUCGGACAACGCGUUGAUUUACUAGCAAUGAAAUUAUACGACUCGAUGAUCGAAGGAAAGGAGCACUCCGCAUUAUCAAAACGCACGAUUCAACAAACAAUCCAAGCGCAGGCAUUAAUAAAUUACCAGAUCGGGCUACACGAUGAAUUACAAGUGCUCGUACGCGCGCAGCGAUAUACGACGCUCCAAGAAGCGAUAACGGGCGCGAGCGCCGAAGAAAAACUCAGACCGGGAACAGCGAGAACAAGUAGUUUUGUUAAUAAAAAUAAAACCGAAUCAAGUUACCCGCGAAAUAGUCGAAACCCGACACCGCAAUGCUUUAAAUGCGGAAAAAACGGACAUUACGGACGCGAUUGUCGAAGCAUAACCGGGCAUAAAGUACACACCAUAGGAAAAAUGUACGCCACGAUCAAGAUAGAAAAUCACAAGGUAAAACAUGCAUUUUACGUUGUAAGAGACGACAUUCCAAUAGAAUAUGAAGGAAUAAUAGGAAUUGAUUUCCUUCAACAACAUUCGGUAUCCUGUGAUUAUAAUCAAAAUCAAUUAAAAAUAGGAGAAGCCGUGCUAAGAUUCCAUACGUUUAACAAAACAAUCCUAAAACCGCGCAGAGAAACCAUCGUAAAAGCGAUAACGAAGCAAAACUGGAUAGGAAUAGUACGAGCAGAGGAAACCGCUCCAGGAAUCUACCUUGGAAACUGCUUAGUAGAACCGAAGGAUUACACGUGUCCAUUGGACGGAGAACCACUGACGUGCACCGCGACGGUAGAGCACGAGAUAAACACGCGCGCCGAUACCUCACUGGUGAACACGAGACCGUAUCGUCUUCCCUAUAAGCACAAGACGGAAGUAAAUAAACAAGUGCAAGAAAUGCUGAAAAACGGCAUAAUCCGAACAAACGCGAGUCAAUGGAACGCACCCUUAUUAGUGGUACCGAAAAAGGCCGACGCAUCCGGAAAACCUAAGCUCCGAGUAGUAGUAGACUUUCGGAAGCUAAACGAUUUAACAAUAGGCGAUUCAUUUCCACUGCCCAAUAUCACCGAGAUACUGGACCAGUUAGGAAACGCUAAAUAUUUUACCACACUAGACUUAGCGUCAGGAUAUCAUCAGAUACCGAUGGCUGAGCAAGAUAAACAAAAGACAGCUUUUUCAACGCCCUACGGACACUACGAAUUUAAUAGAAUGCCGUUUGGAUUGAAAAAUGCGCCAGCAACAUUCCAGAGACUAAUGAAUUCAAUUCUAACCGGAAUGCAAGGACUUAAAUGUCUAGUUUAUUUAGACGACAUCGUCAUAUAUGGAGCGAGCCUAGAGGACCACAAAAAAAGACUCAAGGAAGUACUGCAGAGACUCCGAGAAAAUAAUCUAAAAUUGCAACCAGAUAAAUGCGAAUUUUUGCGCAAGGAAGUAAUUUAUCUAGGUCACAUAAUUUCGGAGAAUGGAAUAUCUCCGGAUCCGUCAAAGUUAACGGCAAUAAAGGAAUUUCCGACGCCGAAGAAAGUAAAAGAUAUACAAUCUUUCAUAGGACUAGCCGGAUAUUACAGAAAAUUCAUAGAAGAUUUUUCAAAAAUAGCCAAGCCACUGACGAAAUUAACGAAGAAAACGGAAAAAUUUGAGUGGACUAUGGAACAGCAAAAUGCUUUCGAAAUACUAAAAGAAAGAUUAAUGACAGCGCCAGUGCUAAUGUAUCCAGAUUUCAAUCAAGAAUUCAUAGUGACCACUGAUGCUUCCGACUAUGCAAUCGGAGCAGUAUUGUCACAAGAAAAAGUAGAUAACGACCGGCCAAUUGCUUACGCCAAAACAGAGUUUUAUCGCGGGCGGAGCAGAAUUACAAUACAACCGAGAAAGAAUUACUAGAGAUUGUAUGGGCUGUAAAACAUUUUAGGCCAUAUAUAUACGGUACGAAAUUUAAAAUCGUAACCGAUCACAAACCAUUAAUCUGGUUAUUUAAUGUGAACGAUCCCGGAUCGAGAUUGAUCCGAUGGAGAUUAAAACUCGAAGAAUAUGAUUAUGAAAUCAUCUAUAAAGCCGGACGAGCGAACGCGAACGCCAAUGCACUGAGCCGCAAUGUAACAAGAGAAGCGCAUGAAACAGAAGAGGAAGAACGAGAGAUCCUCGCAAUAGAAGAAGAAACAAACUCCGACGAAGAGAAAAUAUACACGGAGGAAGACAAGAAACAGAUAUUAUAUGAAUAUCAUGAUGCACCCACAAGAGGACAUCAAGGAGUUGACCGAACGGUAAAAAGAAUCCGCCUAAAUUACAAUUGGCCAGGAAUAACGAAAGAUGUAGAAAAAUACAUUGCAAAAUGCGAAUUGUGCCAGAAAAAUAAACUAUCGCGAAAAAAUAAAGUACCGUUAAUAAUCACGGAUACGCCUACUAAACCUUUCGAAAAAUGCGCGUUAGAUAUUGUAGGACCGCUAACAGUUACAACAAACGGAAAUAAAUAUCUUUUAACAUUCCAAGACAACUUAACGAAAUUCAGCAAAGCGAUACCGAUUCCAAACCAAGAAGCGAACACGGUCAGUAAAGAAUUCGUUACAAAGAUUGUACUUGAACACGGAAUACCGGAAAAAAUUUUAACGGAUCAAGGCACAAAUUUCCUCAGCGAAAUAUUUAAAAAUACAUGUAAACUAUUAAAAAUAAAUAAAAUACAAACAACUGCCUAUCAUCCGGAAAGUAAUGGCGCGUUAGAACGAUCGCAUCGAACAUUAGCGGAAUAUUUAAGACACUACAUAAACGAAGACCAGACCGACUGGGACGAAUGGAUACCGUUCGCAAUGUUCACAUACAAUACGACGCCACACACAGCUACGGGGUAUACACCCUUCGAAUUAGUCUAUGGGCACCAAGCAGAUUUACCUACGUCACUGACGAGACCGCCUAAACCGACAUAUAAUUACGACGAUUACGCGCAAGAAUUGAAAGAAAGACUAAGGGCAACGAAUCAGCUC